UUAAUUUUAUUUUUCUAUUUUUUCCCUUUUCGUGUUUAGUGUGUGAAUUUGAAUUCUCGAAACAAUGAAUAUCGCCGAAAGGGGUGAAAAGAUGGCUGUCCGUAAGGGCUAUAUGAAUGAAUGGCAAACUUCUCUCUUGGACGCCGUCAAAGCAGAUUGUGCAUUCUGCAUGCUUGCCGCGUGCUGCUCCCAGUGUGUUUCAUUUGACCUGCGGAAACGAGCACUCCACAAUGAAAUGUCAAGGUACGAGUGCUGUGCUGGCUACAUGCCUUGCAGCGGUAAGUGUCAAGAAGACAAGUGUCCAGAGUUUUGUCUGUGCUUGGAGGUCAUGCUUUGCCUCAGCAAUUCGGUCGCGUCGACUCGUUUCCUUCUUCAAGAUGAGUACAAUAUACAGACCACGGAAUGUGACAACUGCCUCAUUGCAUUUAUGAUCAUUCUUGGACAACUUGCAUGCAUAUGUCGUUUGCUAGCUUGUCUUACUGGAGAUGACGGACUUGAGGACUUAGCAGAGUUAUUGACCUGUAUUUCGGACAUGGUUUAUUGCACGGUCUGCGCUUGUAUGCAGACUCAGCACAAGGUUGAAAUCGACUACAGGCACAGCCUGCCGGGCGGCGGCGCGACUGGUGUGAUGAUGGUUCCUGCAGUGCAGCAGAUGUCACGGUUCGACCAGCCAGUGCCUCCGAACAUAAGACAACCAGUUGGAGUUCCACCUGCACAACAACCACCGUACGGCCAAUAUCCUUCUGGACAAUAUCCACCUGGACAAUAUGGACCUCAACAAGGACAGUGGCAGCAGCCUCCGCCACCUUACGGCUAUGGAUAUCCACCGGAACCGCCUCCAUAUGUGGCCGGAUACCCUACAAAUGCACCACCUCCUCAAGGAUACGCCCCCGCCGGGCAUCCAAUACCGCCUCCAGCCUACUAUCCUCCCGGUGCACCACCACCAGCUCAGCAAUUCGCUUCGGGUGAACACCCCAGCAAUCCUUCUCCUUCUCCUCCCCCUCCACCUCCGCCUAAAGAUUCUGCGUAGACAUUGAUACAUGUUCAAGUAAUAGUAGCUACCACAAUCGUUCUAAGACGGAUUGAUUCGUUUAUUAUUUUAUUAUGAAGUGUUAUGAUGUCUAUUCGCCUGAAACUUCCACUGUAACUCUAGCCUUUUUUCCCCUGGUGAUUGAAUAACUAUCUACAUCAUAUAUAUUAAAGGAAUCUCUUGUUGA